AGAACACUACACACACACAUACAUAUUGGCAUCCGCUUUUUCAACAAACAUUCGAAUGGACGAAAGAGAUUGAUAGAGAGAAAGAGAGAGAGAUCGAAAAGAAAAAGAGAGAAUAGUCACAGCAACUUGUCCAUUUAAUGAGAUUCCCGUCUACAUUCUCCUCAUCAACACAUCAUCUGCUCGAAUCAUCACCUAUUGACGACGAUCCGGGUCCGUCUGAAUCAAUUGCCUUACAAACACGGGUGCCAACUGCAACAACUGCCGAGAAGCUUGUCGCCGAAAUCAGUGACGAAAGUGACGAAGAAGACGAAGAUUUACAUUUUCGAAGUGUCAACGAGACAACGAAUCAGACAUACAGCGAAAUGGUGCUCCGAAUUGCUCUAAUUGCAAUGAUCUAUUAUCCAUUAUCAAUUGGGCUCACUUUCUAUCAGAAAUGGUUUAUAAAAAACUAUAAACUCCCGUUACUGGUUGUAAGUGGACAUUACGUGCUCAAAUACCUCUUCGCAAUCACAAUCAGAUUCAUUUACGAAUGCCUUCGAACACGUCGAACACGUGUCUCAUUCCGCGAUCAACUGCGAUGGUUGGCUCCAAUUGGAAUAUGUGCUUCAAUGGAUAUAGGUCUUUCGAAUUGGGCAUUAGAAUAUGUCACUGUCAGUCUGUACACAAUGGCUAAAUCCUCAUCAAUACUGUUCAUCGUUGCCUUCUCAUUAUUACUUCGAUUGGAGAGAUGGAGGAAUUCAUUGGGCUUUGAGACGGGCCUGAUUGCUGCAGGCCUAUUCCUAUUCACUUGGAAAUCAUCACAACUUGAUUUAACCGGGCUGAUGCUUGUUGAACUUGCGGCUGCAUGCACUGGAAUCCGAUGGACAGUUUCUCAGAUGGUAAUGCAAAGAGAUGACUCGGCAGUGAGACAUCCAUUGGAUAUGGUUGCACAUGUACAGCCAUGGAUGAUGAUUCCAAUUAUUCCGAUGAUUUGGUUGUUCGAAGGAGCUGAGAUCAAUUGGAAUUCCGUGUUUUCAUUCAAGGGACAUUAUGAUCCUUGGCUUGUGAUGGGAUUAAUUGCCGGAGGAGGAUUGCUGGCGUUCUGUAUGGAAAUGAGUGAAUACCUGCUUCUCGUGAACACUUCUGGAAUCACGCUAAACAUUUUCGGAAUUGUGAAAGAAGUUGCGACACUCUUAUUGGCACAUAUCGUGAACAAGGACACACUAACGGAACUGAAUAUUUGUGGUUUAGUUCUUUGUUUGUCUGGAAUGCUUUUACACGGAAUGAACAAACGACAUCAGAGGCUGAGUCGUAUAUCUGCCGACACUGACCAUCAGUACUCGCUUCUUUCGAAAACAGUUUGAUUAUAAUUUCCAACAGCCCAUCGCCCUCUUCCAACUUCCUCAACGUCCACAAGAAGUGACGAUUCUCGAAAGUUGCUCGCAACAGAAGAUCCAGACGCUUAAAAUAAGUUAAUAAUUUUCGUUUUUUUUUCUCUUAAUCAAUUCUUUCCAUUUUCUCUUGGUUGUUCUGUUCAUUUGUCUCAUCUCGGGUCCCACGAUAAAUUUUUAUCAAUUU